AUGGAGUCCCAGGGUGAUCAGCCGUCUCCGGACCCAGAGUCGGUGGAGGUUGAUGUUGAACUGUCAAAUGGCAAACGACGAUGGCGCCGAAACAGAGUCGCCUGCGAUUCAUGCCACACUCGCCGUGUACGAUGCGACCGUGCUUUUCCCUGCUCGAGAUGUUUGCGUGGUGAUAUAAACUGCCAAUUUACCCGCGAGCGCCGGAAACGAGGACGUAUCGCAAGAUCAAAACCGAAGAAUGCAGAUGCGAAUGCUGAGGACGAAACGCUCCAGGAUCCCGCCGAAGGGCAGCAGGGCGAUGAGGAACACAAACGGGGAUUGCAAUCGCAGUUGCAGCAGGUGCUGUCGCCUGUUGAAAAUAAUUCUCCUGCCUCGAGCUUCCAGCAGCAAUCGCCGGCAACAAACGAGAUCAGCGCCAUCUCGGCACCCAGCGUCGACGGCCGUCGGUCUGUGCCGCAUCGUCCACAGCCGCAGCGGGCAGGACUUGCCGCCAAUGUCACGGAGGAAUGGCUUUCAGCGGCACAUCUGUCGCCAGACUCAUAUGAGCUGCUUGCAGGUACAGGCGGCAGCGAACCUCCUCUGCCCCGGUUGGUGGAUAUCUGGAAUCCAGUCGAUUUUGCUAGCCACCCACCAGUCCAGUGUGUGCCUGCUGUACCAUCUGUGUCGGGGGCCAACCUCCCAAGACGGAGACGGCCGUCGACUUCUCGGUCACCGUUGAAGUACCCUGUGUUGGAACCUCUUAUGCCUUUUCUCGAAUCGAACCUCCCACGUCGACUGGUAUGCGAUCUGCUUGAACUCUACUUUACCAGCGCUUUCUCAACCCAUAUGCAUCCUGUGUGCCAUCAUAUUCAUUGUUAUGUCCUGCGAAAGACUUCUUUUCUAAGUGUCGACCGCCCCAGGCCCACUAGUCCUGCCUUGCUGGCAAGUAUGCUCUGGGUGGCUGCUGUAGAUGAUCGGGCCUUCUCUUUAUCCAUCUCACCGUUACAACGGAGGAAGAUAUGCCAGUUUCUCUGUGCAUUGAUUAUUCGCUUACUGCGACCUUUGAUACAUGUCUCCUUCAAAGACCAAAAUCCAUCACCCGCUGAAAACCCAACCGCUCACGACUACUCAGCCGGGGCCCACCACCCAUUCGAAGGGGUCGGAGAUGAUAAAGGGUUGGUAGGCCCCGCUGGGUCUUUAGACGAUGUCAUUACCUAUAUUCAUGUGGCCUCGAUUAUCUCAUCUAGUGAACAGAAGGCUGCAAGUAUGAGAUGGUGGCAUGCAGCUUUUACAUUGGCUCGAGAGCUUAAAUUGAAUCAAGAGAUGGAAAUCACACCGAAUAUUGACGCCCUGACCGAUGGUUCAAGUCCAUCCUUCGGCUACGGUCUAGGCGGAUGGCCUGGUUCCCCAGAUGGGCUGGGUUUUGAUUAUUCAAAUCCCUCGCGGCCAAGCCUGAAUUGCGUAUGUGACAAGCACCAAGAUUUGCAUAAUGGGCCUAUUACAGAAGAGCACCGUGAAGAGCGGCGCAGAACCUGGUGGCUGUUAUACAUCAUGGACCGCCACCUCGCAUUGUGCUAUAAUCGUCCGCUGGCCCUACUGGAUGCCGAGAGCGAGGAUUUGUUGCUUCCAUUGGACGAAAGCUCCUGGCAAGCAGGUAUCAUUCACAGCAAUAGUCCUCAUCCAGAUGGACCCCAAUGCCCUCGGUCCGGCGACCAAAACAAACGUCGCAUUUUCCCCAACUUCAUCUGCCACGACCACUCUAUUCUUGGCUUCUUCCUCCCACUCAUGACGAUCACCGGCGAACUCAUCGAUCUGAACCAGGCCCGGAACCACCCUACCCUUGGUGUCAGGCUUCAAGGAAAAGAAGCGUGGGAGGUACAUGUGUCAGAAGUACUGCGCCAACUUGAGGUCUACAAAGCUAGUCUCACAACCUUCGCGACGGCGACAACAGCAGAUCCAGCUGCCCCAUCGACGAGUGCCUACACCAACAAACCAGACCCUGUCGAUCCGCAAUUGUCUCAGGCGUAUUCUUGGCAUACGCAAACAGUCAUUGCCUAUUCCUCCUACCUAACUCAUGUUCUCCAUAUCCUGCUGGUCGGAAAGUGGGAUCCCGUCUCACUGAUAGAAGACAAAGAUUUCUGGACAUCUUCCCCGGCCUUUGCGUCUACCAUCUCACAUGCACUGGAAGCUGCCGAUUCCGUGCAACAAAUCCUCCGCUUUGACCCCGAUGUUAGUUUCAUGCCGUACUUCUUCGGCAUCCAGCUGCUGCAAGGCAGUUUCCUCCUCCUUCUUAUCGUAGAGCGCUUGCAAAAGGAAGCAGGCGAGGGCAUAUUAAACGCCUGCGAAACUAUGAUCCGAGCGACAGAAUCAUGCGUCGUCACACUCAACACGGAGUAUCAGCGCAGCUUCCGGCAAGUGAUGCGCUCUGCGGUCGCGCAGGCUCGAGGUCGCCCAGUAAACCCGAGUGAAAUUCGGCAUCGCCGAAAAGCGGUUCUCGCACUUUACCGCUGGACGCGAAAGGGGACUGGCUUGGCCCUUUAA